AUGUGGAAGAAUGGCGUUUGUUCCAAAGCUGAUGAAUUCGAUCCGAGUGCUUUUUCGACGAUGGACUAUAGGCAGUUGUAUUUGUUAUGCAGAGGAGCGAAAUAUACUUCAUAUCAGGCGAGCCAGCUAUCCAACCUUCUUGAACAGUUACAAACAAUCUACGUUACGUCCCAAGUGUGCAUACCAAAAAGGUUCUCUUUAGACCGAAUCUAUGAUGAAACUAUCAUCAGAACCGCAUAUUCGGCAAGAAUGAUGAUGGUUCCCAGAGAUAAUAGCGAAGAAUUAGAUGAAAGUCUUGCUAGCUACGGAUAUGAUAUGGACUAUAUCGAUCCUCAGGGGGGCUCAUCACAACUAGACUUCAACAAUUACUUAUGUUUCAACGGCGAACCGGAUUUGCAACGUUUAAUGACGGGAAAAUAUUGGCCUAUGAUCUACAGCGGUCAUUUGACGGUUGAUCAAGAAGAGAGGUUAUUAAGGUGGGCUUGGGAAGCUUGGAGAUUUGCUGUGGGACCUCCAAUAAGAACAAAGUAUCCAGAGUUUGUAAAAAUUCUCAAUAUCGGCGCUCAUAACAAUGGCUACUCGGACGUUGGACAAAUAGUCAGGAUUGAAUUGGAAAUGGACAAUCUGAAAGAAGUGACUUUCAAUCUUUUAAAUGAUAUAAUGCCGUUUUAUAAAAUGUUGCACGCAUUUGUAAGACAUGCACUCCAUAGAAAGUAUGAUAUGCCAUUUUCAAGGUAUAUACCGGCACAUUUAUUAGGUAAUAUGUGGUCUCAAAAUUGGGAAUAUUUGCAAGACAUUUUAAUAGAGAAUACUGUGGACUUAGACAAGGCUAUCAGAGAUAAUAAAUGGACAGUACUGGAUAUGGUUAAUCGUGCUGAAGAUUUUUACAUAUCGCUGGGCCUGGAAAAAAUGACUGAAAAUUUUUGGAAGUAUUCUGUGUUUCAAAAGCAAAACAAUUGGACAAAAUGCCACGGUACAGCUGCCAAUAUGUUCGAGAAAGAUGAUUACCGAAUUCUUUUGUGUGCCAGUGAAUCUUUAGAAGAUUUUCUCGUUAUUCAUCAUGAAAUGGGCCAUAUUCAAUAUUACAUGGAAUAUAAAGAUCAACCGCCAUUAUUUCAGGACGGAACAAAUUCUGCAUUUCAUGAAAGUAUAGGCGAUGCUAUAAUGCUUGGUGUAAUGACGCCGCAACAUCUUCACCGUUUGGGCUUAAUAGACGAUUCCACAUUAUAUGAUAAUACAUCACUUCCUAAAUUAUCUUUUGAUUUAGUAUUGCUACUGAAGCAAGCUUUAAGCAAAAUACCGCAGAUACCAUUUGGUUAUAUAAUAGAUACGUAUCGUUGGGCAUUUUUUGAAGGAAAAUUAAAUAACUCUAAUUAUAAUAAAUAUUUCUGGUACUUAACAAAGGAGAUUCAAGGAAUAGAAGCACCAAGUCAAAGAAAUGAAGAAUAUUUUGAUAUUGCUUCUAAAUUUCACGUUCCUGAUAAUACACCUUAUAUUAGAUACUUCUUGAGUAGUUUUCUUCAAGCUCAGAUAUUUAAAGGUCUUUGCAGUACUACGGUAUUUGGUCGUCCAACACACAAUAAAUUGCCUAUGCCCUUGCAUCGUUGCGAUAUUUAUGGAUCAAAAAAAGCUGGGAAAAAAUUAAGAGAGAUGUUAUCCUUGGGAUCAAGCGUACAUUGGAGUGAAGCAUUAAAUAUGGUUGCAAAGACAAAUAAGUUGUCGGCUCAGCCUCUUCUUGAAUAUUUUGAUCCCAUUAUAAAAUGGUUAAAAAUAUAUCUUCACGAUAAUAAUAUUCCCCUAGAUUGGUAG